AUGCACUGUAACUGCUGUGCCUUGGUGACCAGCUCGGGCCACCUUACCGGCAGCAACCGUGGGGAUGAAAUCGACCGCACCGAGUGCGUCAUCCGCAUGAAUGACGCCCCGACUGGGGGUAGUUUCCAGCGGGAUGUGGGCCAGCGUACCAGCCUGCGCGUCAUCGCCCACUCCAGCCUGCAGAAGGUACUGCGGAGCCGGCAGGAGCUGCUCAACGCCAGCCAGGACUCAGUCUUCCUCUUCUGGGGACCCAGCAGCUGCAUGCGACGCGACGGCAAAGGCCUGGUCUUCAACAACCUGCGUCUGGUCAACCAGCUGCUGCCCAAGCUCAAGGUCUACGUCAUCUCUCAGCUCAAGAUGCCGCAGUUCGACAAGCUCUUCAAGAAGGAGACAGGGAAAGACAGGUAGGGUUUUGACCUUUUGACCCUUGGGUCAAUGAUGCCAUUGGGUUUUGGCUUUGUGAGUCUGUCUGUCUGUCCAAUUCUGGUCAAGAAUGACUUCUGAAAAAUACAGUCAGUGUGUUUGAGGACUUGAGCCACUUGAAGCAGGAUUUGCUAGGGAAGCCGAAUGCAUUGUAGUCAGUGCUCUUGGGCAUACACAUUCUAAUUCAAAAGCUGCUUUUGAGCAUUUUUGACGACGCUCUUAACAAAAGAAUAAGAAAGAAAUCCCAACAACCACCCAACCACUCACAGUAUCAUUAAUGGGAUUUAGUUCAAAGCACUCUGAAUAUAUGUUAGGAACUAAGAGGAUUAGCUGUAGACCAUGGGGAUAUGAGAGUCCCAUUGAAUGGGACAAUGCAGCUAGAGAGGGAUUUGAACACUCUGUAAAUACAGAAACUCUGUUCCAAAUAGAAUGCUGGAUCAUGUUCUGAAUGGAAGUGGUAGAAGAAGAAGGAACACAAAGUUGUGUAAUAACGUUGAGACAACCUAAUGCCAACUACCAAUUUUACAUUACCAUGGCAUUGCAGACAAUGUUGCGACAAGCUAACACAUUGACGCAAUGUUUCUGUGUUUCUGCGCAAGACAAUCUAUGUGACAACAGAGUGAUCAAAUUAAGAUAGUACAACUGCACAUGACAGUUACAUGAUGACAGGAAGUGACAAAAGCGCUACACAGCCUCACAAGAUGAUGUCACUGAGCCAGAGCUAGGAGCAGAAACCAAUUACAGGUCCUACCAGACUCUCACUGGCUGGCACUCUCCCUGGCACUCCUUCUGUGCCCCCCUGGCAGAGGCUGCCAACAGUAAACAGAAUGAGCCCAGACAGGAGUGGCUCUGCUGCCAGCUGGGAUAUCCCCCAGUGAGGGGCUGGUAUGCUUUGAUGGCGGUUUAACAGCAUUGAAAUUGCCAUUUCAUGGUAUUAAAAAUGAAGCAAUAAAUUGAGGGCCUUGACCAGAAUGGAUAUCGCUGCAAGUUCCACAUAGGGCCAUGCAGUUUUUUCCCCCCACAAUUCUCAUUUAAUUCUAUUGAGUCAUGCAAUACAUUUAGUUUAACAUACAGUCUAUAUUGUGUCUUGUUUCUGCUCACCUUGUCAUCCAGGAAGACCUCUAACUCAUGGCUGAGCACUGGUUGGUUCACCAUGGCCAUUGCCCUGGAGCUCUGUGACAGGAUCAAUGUCUAUGGCAUGGUGGCUCCUGACUUCUGCAGGUGGGUUGGGUUCUGCACAGGGCACAGUGCUGUCGGACUCAAGAGUUUCAAUGACAUGUAUGACAUAGGGAAUAUUACCCCAAUGAUUACUAAUAGGCAACUAUCACUGUUAUUAUUAUUAUUUCUGUUCUGGCAAAUAAAAUGUACCUGCUUGUGUUCUGAAUAUCCUGACUAUGCAUCUUAAUACAUGAGAGGUGAUAAAAGUUAGAUAGAUUAGAUAGAUAGAUAACAGUAGCUCCAGAUAUUGAGCUGAUAUCCAUAGGCAGGUCCAUGGGACCAGAUCAAAUGUCUGUGCUCUGUGAAUUAUUCAUGCUGGCUCAAAUUCUACUGAGUCUAGGACUGAAGAAGCAUCACAGGGAUAGGAGUAGCUUUGAUAAGCACAUCUCAGGGCUAAUAAAUAUUUUUAUGAUAUACUUCAUCUCUCUCUAUUUUCUAUUCCUCGUUCUCUCUCUCCCCCCUCUCUCUAUCACUCCCCUCCCCAUUCUCUCUCUCUCUCUCUCCCCCCUCUCUCUAUCACUCCCCUCCCCAUUCUCUCUCUCUCUCUCUCCCUCUCUCUCUCUAUCACUCCCCUCCCGAUUCGCUCUCUGUCUCUCACACGCACACACACCACACACACCACACACACUCUUUCUCUUUUUCUGUUGAUCUCUCUCCUGUCCAUUCUCACUCUCUGUCUCCCCCAUCUUCCAUUUCCCCCCUCCAACUUCUCUCCCCUUCAUAUCCCCCUUUCUCCCUCUCUCUUCUCAUCCUCUUUUCACAGGGCUCCUUCCCAUCUCUCGGUGCCGUAUCAUUACUACGAGCCUUCGGGGCCUGACGAGUGCUCCAUGUAUUUCUCCCACGAGCGCAACCUGCGCGGCAGCCACCACCGCUUCAUCACGGAGAAGACAGUGUUCGGCAACUGGGCCCGGACGUUCGACAUCCACUUCUACCAGCCAGACUGGAGCCCGUCCUCUACUCUCAAUGGAAACAUCUCACUCACACCUGCUUCAGCUGGCUCCUGA